GUUGGUUCUUGGGAAAAAGAUAUUGAUGAGCUCAAUCAAGUGGACACAAAAACAAAACAAACAUGUUUUUUUGGAUUUUGUCCUAAUUGUAUCUGGCGAUAUAAAAAGGGAAAGGAGUUAGCAAAUAACUUGGAGAAGAUCAAAGAGCUAAAGGGAGAGAAAUUUGAAAAUAUUGAACUUCCUCGCCCUGUUCCAGGUGUUGAACGCUAUUCAUCCAAAGAUUACAUUUCUUUUGAAAGUAGAGAGGCAAAAUACAAAGAACUGUUGGAUGCAUUAAAAGAUGACAAUAACUAUAUAACCGGAUUGCAAGGGAUGGGGGGCACUGGAAAGACAACAAUGGCCAAAGAAGUGGGUAAAGAGCUAAAACAAUCUGAAAUAUUUGCUUAUGUCGUUGAUACGACUGUGUCAUUUACUCCUGAUAUAAAAAAAAUUCAAGAUGAUAUUGCUGGAUCUUUAAGACUGGAAUGGGGGGUUUGUAAUGAAUCAGACCGACCCAAAAAACUAUGGAGUAGAUUAACAAAUGGUGACAAAAUUCUUGUGAUACUGGAUGAUGUGUGGGAUCAAGGCCCACCCCUUGAUUUUGAUGCAAUAGGAAUUCCAAAACAAGACACACACAAAGGUUGUAGAGUUCUUGUAACCUCGCGUAAUCAAGAAACUUUCAACAAGAUGGAUUGUGAUAAGAUAAUUGAAUUGGGUCUUUUAUCAGAAGAAGCGUGGAACAUGUUCAAAAUGUAUGCCAAGAUAAGUGAUAGCACCUCUCAAAAAUUGAUCGAUAAGGGACGUAAAAUUGCAAAGGAAUGCAAACGAUUACCUGUUGCAAUUUCAGUUAUUGCCAGUAGCUUAAAGGGCCACGAACAUCGAGAGCACAAAUGGGAUGUGACAUUGAAAUCCUUGAAGAAGCCUGUAUCCAUGCAUGGUGUUGAUGAUGAUAAGGUUGGAAUUUAUAACUGUUUGAAGAUUAGCUAUGAUAAUUUGAAGGAUGAAAAAGCAAAGGGGUUGUUUCUCUUAUGUUCGGUGUUCCGAGAAGAUGAAGAAAAUUCUAUUGAAGUUAUAACAAGACUUUGCAUAGGUGUGGGCCUUUUGGGGGAAGACGAUUAUGGUAGCUACGAUGAUGCUCGAAACCUAGUAGUUCUAGCCAAAGACAAGCUCGUAGAUUCUUGUUUGUUGUUGGAGGACGGUGAAAAACGUCUAAAACUGCAUGAUUUGGUCCGUGAAGCAGCUCAAUGGAUAGCGAACAAAGAGAUUCAAUGUGUAAAAUUGUUUGAUAAAAAUGAGAAGUCAUCGGUUGAAAAGCAAACAAAUAUCAAAUAUUUAUUAUGUGAAGGGAAGCGCAUGGAUAUUUUUAACUUAAAGUUUGAUGGUUCCAAACUUGAGGCAUUAAUUAUCAAGGCGGAUAAAGAUCGCGGAUGUACAGAAGUUCCAAAGUCUAUUUUUGAAAAUGUUAUCAAGCUUCGUGUUUUGAAUUUUUCUGGCAAUUAUUUUGACUCGUCUUUAUCAUUACCAGAUUCAAUUCGGUCAUUGACCAAUAUUCGAUCUAUGUCGGUUGAUAAAGUGGAUUUAGGUGACAUCUCUAUUUUGGGAAACCUACAAAGUCUGGAGACUCUUGAUUUGGUUGAAUGCACAAUCAAAGAAUUGACAGACCAAAUUACAAAACUGAGGAAGUUUAAAGUGUUGAAGUUGAAAUAUUGUGAAAUUAGAAUGAAUAAUCCAUUUGAAGUUAUUAAAAGAUGCUCAUCACUUGAAGAGUUGUAUUUCGAAUUUAGUUUCAAUCAUUUUUGUAAGGAAAUAACCUUACCUGAGUUGAAAAGAUAUCAUAUCAGUAGUAGAAGUUCCUUUUAUUUGGAGAGAAUUUCCAGAUUUCCCAAAUAUGUUGUGUUUUGUGGUGAUGAAAAGUGUCAAUUUUCAGAAGAAACACUCAAGUACUGCAUGCAAACAGCAGAGGCUCUUUUUCUAGAAGGAAUUAAGGGGGAAUGGAGAAAUCUCAUGCCUGAGAUUGUUCCUUCAGAACAUGGUAUGAAUGAUCUUGUUGAACUUCAUUUGGAUGGGAUUUCACAAGUACGGUGUCUCAUUGACACCAUUGGUUCUCAUGUACCGAUCUUGUCCAACUUGGUUGUACUAGAACUGAGAUACAUGGAAAAUUUGGAACAACUAUUCAAUGGUAAGGUAAACCUCUGCAAUCUAAAGAGCAUCACACUUGAGAAUUGCCCUAUGUUAGUUUCUAUACUAGCUUUUCUCUCUGCACAAGACCUUCCAGUACUAGAAGCUAUCAGAAUAAGAAAAUGUGAUGGAUUGAAAUAUGUGUUUGGUCAAUCCCAACAUGUUGAACUGGUUUCACUAACUGAAUUGAAGCUCUCUGAAUUACCAAAGUUCAUUGGUAUUUUUGAAGAAUGUGUGAAGGGAUCAUCUUCCAAAGCACAAAUACAAUUGGAUCCUAUGAGUGAUAGGGAUCAACCGCAUGACUGUUCAGUGGCAUCAGAAUCAAAUUCAUAUGGUCAUAACAUAUGGGAAUGUCUUGGAAUACAAUCAAAGAUCCUCUGCAAUAUUAAAGAGAUUGUGCUGACUCAUUUUCCGAAGAUGAAAUCAGUAUUUAUCCUAUCUAUUGAUCUAAUAAUGCAGUUGGAAACUUUGAAAAUUACGAACUGUGAUGAACUGAAGCACAUAAUAAUAGACACGGGAGAUCAUAACACUAGUGGCAACAUCUGUGUCAAUGUCUUCCCAAAAUUGAAAUACCUCCGUGUUGAAGAUUGUGCACAAUUGGAAUACAUCAUAUUUGGACCUGAGACUGAUGAUCAUCAAAACCACAUGGAGGUUCAACUUCAUUUUCCGGAAUUGAGACAUCUCCAUCUUGUCGGUCUACCAAGUUGGAUCGCCAUGUGUCCAAAACAAUAUCGAAUAACAUUUCCUUCUUUGAAAAGUCUUAAACUCGGGAAAAGUUCCCAGGAUAGUACAAUCAUUAAGGAUCAUUUUCUCACUUUGGAACUGCUCUAUCUCGAUAAUUCCAAAGUAGAAAAUAUAUUUUCCCUGAAUGAAAUUGAUGAACAGCAACUGGACUUAGCUUUGCGAAACAUUAUAUUGACUGAUCUGCCUAUGAUGACUUGUCUUUUUGUGGGUCCCAAAUAUUCAUUUGCCCUCAAAAACCUUGCACGCAUAGAUAUUGUGCGAUGUGAAAAAUUGAAAAUUGCAUUCUCCACUUCCAUUUUAAGAUUUCUACCACAAUUAAUUAAUUUAUGGAUAGAAGAAUGCAAAGAGUUGGAACAUAUUAUUGAAGAUGAUUUGGAGAAUAAACAAAAUUCAAAUUCCUUGUCUUCAACAACAUGCUUCCCAAAGCUAGAAGAACUUGUUGUUAGAAAGUGCAACAAGUUGAAAUUUGUUUUCUCCGCUUCCAUGUUAAGAUUUCUACCACAGUUGCGUUAUUUAACAAUAGAAGAUUGCAAAGAGUUGGAACAUAUUAUUGAAGAUCAUGAUGGUUUGGAGAAUAAACAAAAUUCAAAUUCUUUGUCUUCAACAACAUUUUUCCCAAAGCUAGAAGUACUUGGUGUUAUAAAUUGCAACAAGUUGAAAUAUGUCCUUCCAUUCUCCGUAUGUAAAGAGCUUCCGAAGCUAAAGUUUCUGAUGAUAACAGAAGCAAAUGAGUUAGAAGAAAUAUUCAAAAGUCAAGAUGAUCAGAAUGUUCAUAUUCCAAAUCUAAGUAUUUUAGUAUUUGAUAUGCUACCAAGCCUCAGUGAUGUCCAGGGAAAUCAAUUUCAGGCUGUAAAAAGUCGCAUCGUGCGGAAUUGUGAUAAAAAACUCACUCUCACUUCAGCAUCAACAACCGACACCUUAUCAGAAAUUGGUGAUUUACAGUUCUCCAUAGAUUAUGAUUUGUUUGUGAAACUGGACGAUCUAUUUAAACAACUACGAAGUGCAGAAUCCACCAAAGAUUUUGAUACCGAGUCGAAUUUAGCAAGUGUUGAAAUUGUUGAAAAUGCUGGGAUUGAACAACUGCCAAGUGCAAAAAUCACUGAAGAUUUUGAACUACCAGUUGAUCAAGGGGAUCCUUCUCAAAAAGUAGAAGAUGUAGCAAUACUACCAACAAAAUCUGAAGAGUUGCAGAAUGAACAAUCACUUGGAGAAACUGAUACUACAGUCCAAUCUUCUCAACUGGAGGUAUCAACAUCAGAAAAAACAGCAGUUGCAACUGUGUCUACCAUUUCAGAAACAAAGAAUGAGCCACCUAUACAAAAGGCAAUUUCCCUCAUUUUAUACACUAUAAACAACCUUUUAAAUUUUAAGCAGGGUAUUGAGAUAGAAGGAACUUCUAAGACUAAUAAUGAUCAAGUUUCUCAAAAUGAUGUUGCUUUCAUGAAAGUGACCUCAAAUGCUGAGGAACAAUUUUCUAAACCCUCUCCUAGCAUCACAUCUCCUAUUGCAUCUCAGUUCCCUUCAACACAUUCUAAAGGUGGCCCUUCUCAAAAAGUAGAAGAUUUAAGUUCUUCUUUGCUUGUCAAGAGGGAGCUUGAGGAACUGGUCUCCAAGAAACAUUUGGAUUAUGAGAACUUGUCUUUGUUAACUGAUUUUCUUGUUAAGAAUCCUUCUGUUCAUUUAAAGGACACUUCACUUCCUAAUAGAUACAAGGGUUGUGCCUACAACUUACUGUCCGAGCUAUUGAAAUUCCUCGAAACCCAUAGUUUGGUUGAAGUAUCGGGCUCACGCCACUCUGAAUUUGUGGAGCUAUUACAAGAUGCGCGCUACUUUGCUUUUGAUAAGGAAUGGUUGGAUGGUGUCGAGAGGCGUGCUUUAUUUCCAGAAACACAAGUAUCUCCAGAUGCCUUGGAAAAAUUAUUGGAUUCCAAGAAACGGGUUACUAAGGAUGUUGAAGAGUUGCGUUUCAAGAUACACAUUUUAAGUCAACAUGUGGAAGAUCUUAAGCAUCAUCAAUUGAUAUCCUCUGAAGCUGCUUUGGAGAGUAUCAUUGAACAAGAAGCGGUUCUAACUGCCCCUAUUGGCUAUUAGACUAUAUUUUCUUGCAUUUAUAUUCCUUCAUUGCGAAUUUGCUAUGCUUUUCAUUGUGUGUGCUAUUGUCCUUCAAUAUUGUUUAUUCCUUGAGUGUAAGGUUUCGUCAUUUCUCAUGAAAUGAUCUUAUGAACCGUCUUAUUAUGUUUGUGUUGGGCGGGUUCACUCCUCAAGUGGAAUCCACACAAUUAUAUUUAAAAAAAAAAAAGAAAAAAAGAAAAAAAGAAAGAAAAAAAAAGAGAAAAAGAGAAAGAAAAAAAAGAGAGAUGUAUUUGUGUUUUAAUAGGUCAUUUGUGUGGAAUUUGUGUUGUUAAUUGAUUUCUACCUUUGGUGUGUAUUGUGGUUCCCUAGCGCUUACUAGGAAGACUAUUGUGUACUCAUUAUUAUUCAUAGUGGAAGAUUUAUGUGACUCGGUCCCGUGGUUUUUUAUUCUCUCAUAUCGGGAGGAUU